AUGGAUCCUUGGGCCACAUAUUAUAUUUCUAUGCCCAGAUUUAAAGUAGACAAAACAAACAAAAUAGUCCCUGCCAUACAUGGUGAUCUGAGAAGAUCUACAUCUCAACGUCAAGAUACUUUUCACCAUCCCAGACAGUCAGAGAGGCCAAACUCAUCUCCUCCAGCCUCUGUUUGUGCAACAAGCUGGAAGCAUUUUCCGGACAGGACCACCUUUACCCCUACACAGUUGAGAAAAGAGAGGGAGGCCGAGGCUGAGUGUCAGAAGAAGUUCUGUGCUCUCCCAGUCCCAAGCCACGUCACUCAACCCCUCUAUCAGGAGAUGAUGGAGCUGAGAGAGAAAGAGAGGAAGCAGGGUCGUGAGCAGAGGAGGGACUUCUUGCUCUCUAUUCAAAAACCUUUCAACUUUCAGGAGAGAGAAAAGGAGAAAAAAGAGAAGUUGAUAGCAAUGUCAGACCAAGUGUCACAGGAUAAUAAAAACAAGGUCGCUGCUGUAAGAACUCCAGAUAAAGAGGCUAAAGAUUUGCUAAAGACAGAUUCAGAACUGAAAGACCAGGAACUUUGCAGACAAGUUGCCACUCUGACAUCAGUCCAACGAGAGAGUCCUGCUGUGUCUGGCAGCACCAAACUUCGCACUGCUGACCGCACCAGGAAGGAAAAGUUGGGAUUCCUAAAUGAGAGGCCGAGCUUCCAGCCUAAAAUCAACCAUCAGAUCCCUGAUUUCAGCAGGAUGCACAGAGCUUUGCAGACACAGGGGCUGAAAAAGACACAGAAUAAAGACGGGAUAAAAUGUCAGCCCUUUCAUCUGAGAACAGCAGCGCUGCCUGCGAGGCAAAGUAGGAUAAGUUCUGAACCCUUACAGAUACCAAGACCAAGUCAGCUCUGUAGAAGCAAAUCAAUGGGGGCCCUAACUUCACUCUCCACAGACACACUCCCCACAUUUAUAACAGAUGCCGUCAGGAAGCGCUGCAUGGCCAUCAGAAAGUCAAUGGAAUUGAGGGAGAGCAAGAAUCAGGAGAGUGUGGACUGGUUAAGGAAGUUCCACAUGAGGUCCCAGGUCAUGCAGAAGACGGUCUCACUCCAUGCUAGGCUGCUGGACCCACACAGCAGCUUGAAAGAAGUGUGUCAUGAGAAACUACAGCAGCAUUGGGAAGCUGACAAUCAGCGGACGAGAGAGUACAUGAAGGAGUUACGGAACAUGAAGGCACGCGUCAGUGAACGCCCUUAUUUGUUUGAACAGGUGACACAGAAAAAUGCAAAAGCUCAUGCAGAGCAGACGUACAGGAACAAGCUGAAGAAAGCCGGAUUAAAGGAGCAAUUUGUUGAAGAAAAAGGAGAGGCAACAUCAUCCAGAUCAGAUGAAGACAUAGACGAGAAUGACAUUCAGAGCAGGGAUGAAAAUGUAGACGACGGGGAGAAAAUUGAAGAUGUGGAUGAGAAGAGCGUGAAGUCCAAAGGAGAAAUACCAUGAUCAGAAGGGUUAAGGCGGCACAGAGUUUUUGUGGCUUCACCGUCAGAAAACAACAGCGUCCUCAAAAAUGAUUCAUGUCACGGCUUACUGUCCGCAGCAAGCGUUUGGUUGUUUAAGAUGUUCAACCAUAAAUUAUGAAAUUAUAAAACGUUCUGGGUUUUACAAUCGGAAAUUUUUGCAAUUACAAGUUAUAGACAGUAAAAGUUUAUAGAAGUGUAUACGUUCUAGGUUGUAAAUAUUUGUAUAUGCUUUGAGUUUAACACAUAUCAUGACAUUUCAAGGAAAAUAAAUUAAACGUAAAAAAAUCUGCGUUUGGUUUUUUUAGACCACAGUUUUGCUUAAGAAUAAAAACUCUGUAAUUUAGAGAAUUAUGAUACUUGGUUACCAGAAUAAACAGUUCAACAACAACAUAACAUUAAAUUGCACCAAUCAUUGUUGUUUGACCCACACUGAAUCAAGAAGCUUUUGAUAUCAAAAUAAAAGAUUACAGGGUACAUACGAUCUCUUUCUCUGCUGAAUCUUUGAAAAACAAGCAAUGGUCAUUUUUUGAUUGGGCAGGUCCCAUAAGGACAUUUAAUGUCUGACACAGGCUUUUCUCAGAUGCUCUGGUUAAAGUUCCCAGUUGUUUCUUUUGCCACACUACCUAAAUAAACAUCUCACUGAGACCAUUUAAGUGGUCUGCUCUGAGCCCAUAGACCCACAUCAAAUACACUCAUACACUGGCCUUCACUGUAAACCUGUGCUUAGAAAGCCGACUUCCUGGAAUUUUAGAAAUCAUUUUUACUUACAAACCACACGAGAAUGUCUUUCUUAACCAUCAUAAUCAAAAUGUCAUUAUGAAGACACCAGUUCAUACCAGAGAUAAUACUUUUCUGUAGGCAGAUAUGUCAUGCAUUUACGCUAAAAGCAGUGUUUGAACAACUUUCAAUCAGAACAUAACAGUAAAAGAAAUUCACAUUAAAUAACAUUACUAUUUGUCCUUCCUGACUUGUGUGCAUCACUACAGAGAAUGGCAGGGAAAGAGAGUCUGUAACAGUAUUUAGCUGAAUAUUUGGAAUAUUCUUUACAAAAAAAGACCAAAAAGUAUAAAAGCUAAAAUGUUGUCAAAUAACAACUUAUUUAUAUAAUAAUUAAUCCUAGGGUCUUUUCCAUGAAAUAUCAAACAUCACAUGACACCUCAAGGGCUCUAUCCUGUCAGGUUGUCAUGGGAACCGUGUUUCCCUCCCCACUCGGCCUUGUCGUCCCUCAGGAGAACACUAUGCGACUCUGAUUCCCCUGAUGCACGGCUGAAAAAACAGAGCCAAUCUCUUAGCAUAUGUCAGAUAAUAUCCAAGUGAGAAGCUUCCUCCUGCUGUAGCAGACUCCUGUGACCUGUCUUGAAACAAACUGAAGUGGAACGCAUUUAGAAGCUGAGAGAGGGAAUAAACAUGUCUCAUUUAGAUUAAUGAGAGGCUGUGUGCUGGGCAAACAAAUGUUCAGAUCGGGCUAAUUGAGUGGCCCUGUUUGGCAGAUGAACAAUAUAUUUUUACCAAAUUGGUGCAUUUUUCCCCCAGCUGCUUUAGGAUAUAGAAACUCCCACACGUUUAAUUAUGUAAAUGCAUGGGUUGCAAAUAUAUGCAGCCGAGGAAACACCGUGAAAUAGAUCCUAUCGCUCUCAAUCCUAUUAACUGUCACAAUGACAGAGUUCUAGGUCUAAUAUUUGUGACAUAUUUGUCUGAUAUUUUUUUCUGACGUGUAGACUCUCCUGCCCUUCAGU